AUGGCGAGCGUGGAAACCGCGAUCCCCACCGACCCCAUCGUCGAGAAGGACCUCGGCGACUCGACCGCCACUCUGGUCGACGAGGCCGAGCCCGAGGUCCCCAUGACCGCCGCAGAGAAGAAGAAGGCCAAGGAGAGAGCCAAGAAGAAGGCCAAGAAGCAGCAGAAGAAGCAGAGCGUGAGCUCCAUCGCACCGGAAGAGACCGAGGCAGAGAAGUCCGAGGCAACUGAGGCGACUGAGGCAACCGAGCCUGAGUCCGUCGAGCUCUCCAAAGAGGAAUCGACCGAGCCAGUGACCGAGAAGCCUGCAGAGUCCACCGAACCCGAGCCACUGCAGACCGAGCCCACCGAGUCGACCCCCGAAACCGUCGAUGCGAAGGCAGUGGAAGAUGCUCCCGCUGAGACCGUGGAGCCAGUGACCGAGAAGCCCACCGAAACAACCGAAGAGCCCAAGGCCGCGGAGACACCAAAAGAGCCCAAGGCCGUCGAGCCUGUGCCCGAGCCUGUGCCCGAGACUGUCGCAGAGCCAGUCGAGCCUGUAGCGGAAGAGUCCAAGACCACAGAGGCUGCUGAGCCCAUCGAGACCCCCGCUACAGAGCCAGCAGCAGAGGAACCCAAGGUCGAAGCCCCCGAGACCACCGAAAAGGCCGAAGUGGCCGAAACCGUGGAGCCUUCCACCGAAGAGCCCAAGGCGGAGGUUCCCACAGAGACCGAAACCGUCCCCGAGCCUGAGGCUGUCGCCGAAGCUCCCGCUUCUGACCUCGCGGAAGCCAAGGCUGUGGAGACCACCCCUGCUGUCGAAACCCCAGCCGUCGAGGCUGCUACAGAGCCCAAGGCCGAGGAACAGGCUGAGGCGACCCCUGAAAUCGCUGAGGCUCCUGUCGAAACUCCCGAACAAUCGAACUCUACUGAGGCUGAGCCUGUUGCAGAGAAGGUUGAGGCCGAGAAGACCGAAGUCAUUCCCGAGACUCCCGUCGAGUCUGUUCAGGAAGAAAAGGGCGCAGAGACCGUCCCAGAGAUUGUCGCUGAGGAAAAGCCCACUGAGCAGGCUACUGAGCAAGUUGCUGAAGUUGCCGCGCCUGUCGAAGAGCCCAAGGUCGAGGAGGUUAAGGCUGAAGAGCCCAAGACCGAGACUCCCGCCGUGGAGGAAUCCAAGACUGAAGAACCCAAGCUUGACGAGCCCGCUGUGGAGGAAUCCAAGACUGAAGAGCCCAAGAUCGAGGAGCCUGCUGUGGAAGAACCCAAGGUCGAGGAGACCAAGGCUGAAGAACCCAAGGCCGAAGAGCCUAAGGCCGAGGAGGCCAAGGCUGAAGAACCCAAGAUCGAAGAGCCUAAGGCCGAGGAGGCCAAGGCUGAAGAGCCUGCUGUCGAAGAGCCCAAGACCGAGGCUCUCGCUGUUGAGGAAUCUAAGGCUGAAGAACCCAAGCUUGACGAGCCUGCUGUGGAGGAAUCCAAGACUGAAGAGCCCAAGAUCGAGGAGACUAAGGUCGAGGAGACCAAGAUCGAGGAGCCCGUCAUGGAGGAAUCCAAGACUGAAGAGCCCAAGAUCGAGGAGACCAAGAUCGAGGAGCCCGCCAUGGAGGAAUCCAAGACUGAAGAGCCCAAGAUCGAGGAGACCAAGGUCGAGGAACCCAAGGUCGAGGAACCCAAGGUCGAGGAGACCAAGGCCGAGGAGGCCGCCGUUGAAGAACCCGCAGUCGUUGAAUCUGCACCCGAAACCACCGCCGAGCAGACUGAGGCGACACCCGAGGUUUCUGAGCCUGUUGCUGAGACCCCAGCCGUGGAGACCGCCGUUGAAGCAUCUGAGCCUGUUCAGGAAACUCCUGCCGAACCCACCACCGAGGAGCCCAAGGCCGUUGAGAAUGUCGAGCCUACCAAGGAGCCUGUGGCUGAGAAGAACAUUGAAGAGCCAGUUGUGGAGGCUGAGAACAGCGCUGAUGCCAGUGUCGUCCCGGGCGAAACCGAGCCCACUACUGCCGCCGUCGAGCCUUCCGUCGAGGCUUCUCAGCCUGAAAUCAAGGAGGUGACUGAGACCCCUGCUGUCGAAGAGGUCGAGGCCGCGCAGGCCACCGCGGAGAAGAACGUCGAGGAGCCUGCUACCAUUGAAGCUGCCGAGACCACUUCUGACGCUGCUGCGCCAGCCCCCGAGACCGCCGACACACCUGCCGUCUCCGAAGAACCCACUGAAAAGGUGGAAACUACCGAGUCUGUCCAGGCUACCGAGGAGCUCAAGCCCGAGGAGCUCAAGCCCGAGGAGCUCAAGCCCGAGGAGCUCAAGCCCGAGGAGGUUGCGGACAAGGUCGUGGCGGAGGUUGUACAGACUGAGGCUGGUGAACCCGAAGCGCCCAUCGAUGCUUCCACCACCGAGACUGCUGCCGUCGCAACUGCGGCCGCGGCCGUUGCUACUGCCGCUGUUGCCGAAGAGGUGGCUUCUGAACCUGCUGCCGAAUCCAAGGAGGAGGUCGAAGCCAAGGUCGAAGAUGCCAGUGAGGCAAUCGAAGAAGCCGUUGAGACUGCGGUCGAGACUGCGGCUGAGACCCCUGCUACGGAGACCACCGCCGAGGUCAAGGAUGUGGUCGCAGAGCCUACCCCAGUUGCUGAGGUUGUUGCUGAAGAACCCGUCAAGGUUGAGGCUGAGAUUGUGGCUGAGCCUGUUGUGGAAGCCCCCGCAGUCGAAGAGACCCCGGUCGCACAGGCUGCUGCCGUGGAAGAACCCGCCAAUGCUGUAACCGAUACUGUUGCUGAUUCCGUUGUCGAGGCUCCUGUCGAGGAGGUCGUCAAGGAGGUCGUUAUCGAAGAGCCCGUGGCUGCUGAAGUCGCUUCUGAGGAGCCUGUCGCAAAGGAGGUUGUUGCUGUUGAAGAGCCCUCCGAGACCGAAGAAAAGGUCGAGGAGCCUGUCACGGUCGCUGAAACUGUUGUCGCUGAGCCUGUCGCUGAGACUGUUGCCGAGCCCGUUGCUGAGCCCGUCGCUGAGACUGUUGCCGAGCCCGUUGCUGAGCCCGUUGCUGAGCCCGUUGCUGAGCCCGUUGCUGAGCCCGUUGCUGAGCCCGUUGCUGAGCCCGUCGCUGAGCCCGUUGCUGAGCCCGUUACUGAGCCCGUUGCUGAGACUGUUGCUGAGCCCGUCGCUGAGACUGUUGCUGAGUCCGUCGCUGAGCCCGUCGCUGAGCCCGUCGCUGAGCCCGUCGCUGAGCCCGUCGCUGAGCCCGUCGCUGAGCCCGUCGCUGAGCCCGUUGCUGAGACUGUUGUCGCUGCUGAGGAGCCUGUCGCUGAGGUUUCUGUUACUGAACAGCCUGCACCCGUGGAAGCAUCGGCUGUCGAGGUUCCUGCUCAGGUCGCUGCCGUCGAGACUGUUAUCGACGAGCCUGUGACUGAAGUCGUUGCCGAAGAAACUACUGAGGCUCCCAAGGCUGAACCGACCGUGGUCGAGGAAGACCAGACCGCUGCUCCCGAGAGCACCGACGCACCCAAGGAGGAGCAAAAGGAAGACACCGACCGAAGCGCUGAAGUGCUCGGGGCUGGUGCCGCCGCCGCUGCUUUGGCUGGUGUCGGAGCUGCCGCCGCCGUUGCCUCUCACCACGAAUCCAAGUCCGAGAAUGCCUCCACCGAUCAACAGGCACCCGUUGACAAGAAACCCACCGAGACCCAGUCCGCAGACACUCUUGCUGGAGACCGUGAUGCCUUGCUCAACAAGCUCAAUCAGCCGUCUACCGACCAGCUGACCACCGCGGCGAACGAGUCCACCACAUCUGCCCCCGCUACCGAAUCUCAGCCCACCGAGGCUAACAAGGGACCUGAAGCUGCCAAGGCCGACAAGCCUUCUGACAGCCUUGUUCCCAAGAACAACGAUGAGGACGCUCGCCCGCCGAGCCAGAACCGGUCAGUGACAGCUGUUUCUCUGAAUGGUGCCACAGACAAUUGGCUCAAAGCAAUUCUGCGCACUGUGUUUGGUGGCUUCUUUGGUGCAAUCCUCUCACCGUUCCGUCGUGGAAAGAAGGCCUCAAACUAA